AGCAGAGACAGGUUUUUACCAUGUUGGCCAGGCUGGUCUUGAACUCCUGAUCUUAGGUGAUCCACCCACCUUGGCCUCCCAGAGUGCUGGGAUUAGGGGUUUGAGCUACCAUGCCUUGCCCUGCCUAUACCCUUUAAUAUACUCUUUAAUAAAGCCAAAACAUCUACAUUGACUUUUUGGAAUGGAGAGUGGAACAGGAAGUAAAGUCUCCAGAACACAGAUUUGUCAUCCCUACUGCUCUCAUGUAACCUUGGAGGGUGUAGAUUGUAUGUCUCUGCCUGGUGUGAUGUUACCCUCCCACAGAUAGGCACUGGGGCAUGCACAGCCCAGCUGCUCUACCACCGGCCCAAGUCUAAAGAAAUGUUCACAGAUCUCCUAGUGAGUGACCACUGCCCUUGGAUCCACCUCACAGGCAUAUGUUUCUAGUCUGUGAGGACAGGAUAAACACACUCUUCCCUAGGUCCUCAAGAUGAAGCCACACUGUAUUUGAAAGACGUAGCUACUAUUAUCUCUACUCUCAACUGAGGGAAACAAAACCAAUAGGUCAAUAUAGAUGUCAAGACAGGCACCAGGCAGGAUAAGCCUUGCCUUGCAACCCAACACAGAUCCUGAAGCCACACAGUCAAGUCUGGCAUGGGAUGGGGACCACACCUGCUCGAGAAGUCACUGGAAAUAGUAUUUCCUGGUUCUUGGUCAGGGCAGCAGAUAUAAGACACAUCAUGACAUUGAUACCGUGACAGGAGCCACCUCACUCAGGAAGCUUCCCCAAGGCGUGUUUUCCUAGGACGUAGUCUGCCUAGCUCUGAGACGCUACAGCUGAUGGGUCCUGCUGGGGAGAGAGCUCAGAUCUAAACAGAACAGGGCAGGUGUGGCCACAGGUCCUCUCUGUCUGGAUCACGUCAGUGUUUUGCCCACCUUUGUUGUCACUUGAACUCCUGACCUCAAAUUAUCUGCCCGCCUUGGCCUCCCAGAGUGCUGGGAUUACAGGCGUGGGCCACCGGGCCCAGCCAGCUUUCACUACUCUCACGCCUCUCCAGCGCCCAUAUUUACUGUCCCCAUCUUCUGUGCUUUACAGAUUCUCUAACCAGUUGUUAGAGAAAUCUGAUGGCCAAACCUGAUGCUGAAUAGAUUCAUACUUUUUCAGCUUAAACAAAGCCUAGGUUCCCUAAGGCUACGCCCAGUCCUGCUACGUGCUCUGUUUUGAGUUUCACCUGUGCCCGUGUCUCUGCCCCAGAAGAGAAGAUAGGAUCAUCUGUGCUGUUUCUUCAAUCUUAAAAUGGAUUUCUUGCCCUUAUCUCCCUUUUUAAGUAUCAGUGUAUGAAAUCCACCAGUACCACCCUUUCUGCUGUAUAGCUGUUCCCACAUUUGGCUCCUAGAACCUGUUUUGCUUUCAUAGAUCAUCUCGGAACCAAGUGUUAACUUCAUUUUUAAACCCCAUUUUAGCAGAUGUGUUGCCUGUCUUCACCAUAGGGGCUGUACACAUGAUGCGUGGUUUUCGUCAAACACAGUGCCCUCCUUUGUGGCCACAUGCGAGACCCAUAACCCAAUACUGCAUCCUGGGCUGAUGACAGCACUGCAUCUGACCAGACACGGGAUUGACCUGGGGUGGGCAAGUGGAGUGAACAGGAUCAGCCAGAGUUUCGUGGCAUUCAUUGUAUGGAGAUUGGCAGGGACAAAGUCCUUUCCCAUUUUGGAUCCCAAGCUGUAAGACAGUUUAGGCCUGCUAUUUGGCAUCUUUCCUGGCACCUGGAGGGAGUGUAUCAUUUAGGAUGCUUCCAGCUGGAGCAAUAAAGACACAUUAUCUUAUUGACUUAAAGCCUGAAAACAAACAUGCAGUUUAGAUAGUUUAACAACCCAGCAGUGUCACUGGGGCUCUUUCCAUUUUUCCGUUUCAUUAUCCUCAGCUUACUGACCUAGUUCUCAUGUUGGCUCUCAUGAUUCCAAGAAGGCCGCUACAGCCUGAGAAGCAGAGCUAGCAGUCAAAUUAGAAGGGAAGGUAGAAUUGCAGAGAUAUUAUAAAUACAGGACUGGCAGCUGUGCUCUUCGUGGGCAGGACAUUUGUCAUAUUCUGAACUUAUUUUGUGACCUCCACAGAUAAGUAACGAGCGUUCAGCAUGUAAUGGAUGCAGAAUAAAUAAUGAAUGAAUGAAGAGAUCCUGAGCGGAGAGGAGGGCGGCACAUGCACAUGUUUUCUAAGUUAUCUGCCAGACCAGGCCAGACUUUGGGACAAAUGGACAUAUCCAGAGGGCACUUGAGUGAUUGGGAAAGAGUUAAAAUGAGGAAAGAUGUUCCAAGAGAAAGAAGAAACGCCAGUUCCUGAGAGAGUAUUGUGCCCUUGUCCUCCUCUCCUGAGGAGGAGAAUGCUCCCAACAAGACAGAGCUGAAGGUCAGUUAGGAACUGAGGGUACACAGCCCAGCUUCUUCACCACCAGCCCAAGUCUAAAGAAACUCAGAAAUCUGCUAGUGAGUGACCACCUCCCUCUCUACUGAGCAACUGAAAGAUACCUAGGAAUAGCCCUGUCCUAUCCUAGAAUUAGCCAGAAGGUCCCCACAUAGCCUACCAAAACCUUUUCUGGCCCUGGAAUCACAAGUGUACAUUUGAAUUUUGACUCUACCAUCUAUCAUAUGUAUGGCUUUGGGCCAGUUACCCAAUCUCAUUACGUUACUGUUUUUUCAUCUGUAAAACCCUAUCCCAUGGAGAUAAUAGAUUCCCUGCUUAGCAUAGUCCCUGCACACAAUGUGUAGUCAGCUAUGAUGGUGCUGGUGGUGGCAGCAGCAGCAGCAGGUUUCAAAGGCAGAUCUGCUCUCAAGCUUGAGACAACACAUGAAAGAAAAUCACAACUUUGUGCUAGAAAUGCUCUUGAUUGGGAGUUGAGGCUGGGAUGUUCUGAGGGUCCAACUACAGGAAAGAUGAAAUUUAAGGACUGAGAACCAAGAGAUUCAAAAUAGAAUGUGUGCAAUGUGUGUAAACAGUAGAAGAAACAGGUAUCAACUAAGAAGUUUAAAGAAAGCCCAGUGGAGUUGUGGUAAGGAAUCUGGGACUCAUGAAAACUGGAGUGACUCAGGAGCAGCCACUUCUUAUCCCAGGAUCCACAGGAAGGUUCCCACACAGUACCUUUUUUAGCUUUGGAGUCACAAGUGUGCAUUUAAAUUCUGACUCCAUCAUUUGGAGUCAAAUGGGAGUCCCCAUUUCUGAUUCUUCAUGGGGAAAGAGGCUGGUUUUCCAAAUAUCUAUUUUAAGAGCCGAGGAAACUCCAGCAAUGUUCUUCUUAUAUAUCUUUAGCUUAAAUUUGCAAAGACUUCUUUAUCCCUGAAGCAGUCACCACUGGCCGACAGGCUGCAGUAGGCAAGUCUGGUGCAGAUAAACAGAGCCCAUCCUGGAGCUGGAGCGCAUGGAUGUUGGAGGGUCGUGUUUUCCAAACUGUGGAAGAAAAAAUAAAAAGCUGUGUUUUUCCAGGAGGUAUUUAGAAUGGCAGCUGAAUCUGGGAAUCAGUUGGGUCUGUGUAGUGCACUUGUGGGGCAUCCCACAAAGAGUCUCCUAAUAGAAAAUGCAUCCAGAGAGAAGGAGUUAAUUAUAAGCUUAGCUAUACCUCAGAAUUUCAGGGUCAGAGUGGGAAAGUGGUUCUAAGUAGGCCAGAAUCUGUCACUAGGAUCUCCUUCCUCUUAAGCUAGGUUCCAUGGCAUCUUGGAGCUUAAGGGAGAAAAGGAUCUCUGAGUAAAGAGAGGAUGAGCAGUUUCGGUUAAUAUUAGAGGGACGUAUUGUACUAAGCAUCCUUGCUUUGGGCUUCAUCUAACAAACAGAAUAUAAUAUACUUCAUUACCAGGCAUCCUGGGCACCAUCUGGACUGCAGGGCAUCAGAGGCAGCAAUGGUAGGAGAAGAAGGUGCCCAGUGGAUGCAACAGUGCCCCAGGGACUCCAAGAAACGAUGAGAGGAGGAGUUGGGCAGUCCAGGACCCUUGCUUAGGGAAAGGAGCUGCGGAAUAUGAAUGUUGCCUAUAAAUGUGACAGGCUUCCAGGGAAGUUGGGGUUUCUUACAUUUUAGAGAGAGGAGGGUGAUCUUUAGCCAGCUCCUUGUCUCACAGCUUAAGAGAACUCACUGGAAGGAGCCUUCAACUCCUCAAAUCCUGCUGUGUUUGUGCCCAUAUGAUUAGCAUACAAGUUCCUUUGCAUUUGCAUGAUAUGUUCACUUUCAUUUUCUCACAAACCACUUAUAAGGUUGUUGGAGCAGAUACUACAUCCCCAUUUGAGAGGAGGAAGCAGAUUCUGAGAGUGGUGAUUAACUACCAAAGUGAUCCAAGAGGCCAUCUUUUAAUGUUAGGAGAAAGGCAGGGCUGGAGACCAGUUUGCUGAUAGUGAUCCCAAGCCAGAAGGUUCACUGGGCCCGCAGCUCCAGGCUGAACUCCAGCGCACUCAGUUAGACUUGGAGCGGAAACUCAAGUUGAAUGAAAAUGCCAUCUCCAGGCUCCAGGCCAACCAAAAGUCCGUUCUGGUGUCGGUGUCAGAGGUCAAAGCAGUGACUGAGAUGCAGUUUGGGGAACUCCUUGCUGCUGUGAGGAAGGCCCAGGCCAAUGUGAUGCUCUUUUUGGAGGAGAAGGAGCACGCUGCUCUGAACCAGGCCAAUGGCAUCAAGACCCACCUGGAGUACAGGAGUGCCGAGAUGGAGAAAAGCAAGCAAGAGCUGGAGAGGAUGGCAGCCAUCAGCAACACUGUCCAGUUCCUGGAGGAAUACUGCAAGUUUAAGAAUACUGAAGACAUCACCUUCCCUAGUGUUUACAUAGGGCUGAAGGAUAAACUCUCGGGCAUCCGCAAAGUCAUCACGGACUCCACUGUACACUUAAUCCAGUUGUUGGAGGACUAUAAGGAAAAGCUCCAGGAGUUUGCCAAGGAAGAGGAGUAUGACAUCAGAACUCAAGUGUCUGCUGUUGUUCAGCGCAAAUACUGGACUUCAAAACCUGAGCCCAGCACCAGGGAACAGUUCCUCCAAUAUGCACACGACAUCACGUUCGACCCGGACACGGCACACAGGUAUCUCCGGCUGCAGGAGGACAACCGCAAAGUCACCAACACCACACCCUGGGAGCACCCCUACCCGGACCUCCCCAGCAGGUUCCUGCACUGGCGGCAGGUGCUGUCCCAGCAGAGUCUGUACCUACACAGGUACUAUUUUGAGGUGGAGAUCUUCGGGGCAGGCACCUAUGUUGGCCUGACCUGCAAAGGCAUCGACAGGAAAGGGGAGGAGCGCAACAGUUGCAUUUCCGGGAACAACUUCUCCUGGAGCCUCCAAUGGAAUGGGAAGGAGUUCACGGCCUGGCACAGUGACAUGGAGACCCCGCUCAAAUCCGGCCCUUUCCGGAGGCUCGGGGUCUAUGUCGACUUCCCAGGAGGGAUCCUUUCCUUCUAUGGCAUAGAGUAUGAUGCCAUGACUCUGGUUCACAAGUUCGCCUGCAAGUUUUCAGAGCCAGUCUAUGCUGCCUUCUGGCUUUCCAGGAAGGAAAACACCAUCCGGAUUGUGGAUCUGGGAGAGGAACCCGAGAAGCCAGCACCGUCCUUGGUGGAGACUGCUUCCUAGCCUACAGGAACCAUAUGCCAGGCCUUUGCUAGCCAUGGUGAUGGCAUUUGCAUAUUAGGGUGAUUUGUGGGCAGAAAUAACUGCCAAUGGCAGCAGGCUUUUGAAAUCCUAUGCAUCUCUGAACGAGAUUUUCCAGCUGCUCUCUUUUGCUCCAUACGGUGCUGUUCUUUAUGUGUUUGUAGUAAUUGUGUUUUUUUCUUUUUAUUGAGAGAGUCUCUCACUGUUGCCUGUGCUGGAGUGCAGUGGUGUGAUCUCGGCUCACUGCAACCUCCACCUCCCAAGUUCAAGUGAUUCUUCUGUCUCAGCCUCCCAGGUAGCUGGGAUUACAGGCGCCUGCCACCAUGCCCAGCUAUUUUUUUGUAUUUUUAGUAGAGACAGGGUUUCACCAUGUUGGCCAGGCUGGUCUUGAACUCCUGACCUCGUGAUUCACCCUCCUCAGCCUCCCAAAGUGCUGGGAUUACAGGUGUGAGCCACGCCUGGCCUGUUUGUAGUAAUCUUAGGCACCAAGUCUCCCUCAUCUCCUAGUACCAUUCUCCUGUCUGCUCAGGUAAAUGUCACAUUGUGCCCAGAAUGGAUGACCAGGAAUCUUCAGAGUGGCUGAGAAGAUUGUAGAGUUAUCAUAAUAAAUUGCAAACUUGGGUAUUUCCUA